GGAAGCCAUCGCUGGAGGCUGCCCUUGCGCCAAUGAGCCUUCCCAACGUCUCCUCAACCUUCGAAGACAAGAUGUGUGAGGGGAACAGAACCGCCAUGGCCAGCCCUCAGCUGCUGCCCCUAGUGGUGGUUCUAAGUAGCAUCUCCCUGGUCACAGUGGGUCUCAACCUGCUGGUACUGUAUGCCGUGCACAGUGAACGCAAGCUGCACACCGUGGGCAACCUGUACAUUGUCAGCCUGUCCGUAGCAGACCUGAUUGUAGGUGCAGUCGUCAUGCCCAUGAAUAUCCUUUAUCUCAUCAUGGCCAAGUGGUCCCUGGGCCGCCCCCUUUGCCUCUUUUGGCUCUCCAUGGAUUAUGUGGCCAGCACAGCAUCCAUCUUCAGCGUCUUUAUCCUGUGUAUUGAUCGAUACCGAUCCGUCCAGCACCCCCUCCGGUACCUGAGGUAUCGAACCAAGACCCGUGCAUCAACCACCAUCCUGGGGGCCUGGUUUCUUUCCUUCCUGUGGGUCAUACCCAUUCUUGGCUGGCAUCACUUCAUGUCCCCGGCCUCAGAGCUUCGGGAAGACAAGUGUGAGACAGACUUCUACAAUGUCACUUGGUUCAAGAUCAUGACCGCCAUCAUCAACUUCUACCUUCCCACUUUGCUCAUGUUGUGGUUCUACGUAAAGAUCUACAAGGCCGUGCGGCAACACUGUCAGCACCGCCAGCUCACCAACGGCUCCCUCCCUUCCUUCUUAGAAAUCAAGCUGAAGUCGGAGGAUGUCAAGGAGGAUACCAAGAAACCUGGGAAAGAGUCUCCCUGGGGUGUUUUGAAAAGGCCAUCAAGAGACACUAGUGGAGAACUGGAGCAGAAGUCAACAUCCAAAGACCCCAAAAACCCGAACUCUCCAACUGUCUUCAGCCAAGAGGAAGAUAGGGAAACAGUCUCACGUCACUGUUUCCAUCUUGACGUCACACGGACACACACUGUGGCUGAGGGAGGUGGCAGGGGCUCAGAGGCCAAUGACCAGGUCCUGAGCCAGCCCAAAAUGGAUGAGCAGAGCCUGAAUACUUGCCGGCGGAUCAGUGAAACAUCGGAGGACCAGACCUUGGUGGAUCGACAGUCCUUCUCCCGGACCACCGACUCCGACACGAGCACAGAGCCAGGGCUGGGCAAAGACAAACUGAGAAGCGGGUCUAACAGUGGCCUAGAUUACAUCAAGGUCACCUGGAAGAGGCUCCGCUCACAUUCCAGGCAGUAUGUGUCUGGGCUGCACUUGAACCGAGAGCGGAAGGCAGCCAAGCAGUUAGGUUUCAUCAUGGCGGCCUUCAUCCUCUGCUGGAUUCCCUAUUUUAUUUUCUUCAUGGUCAUCGCCUUUUGCAAAAGCUGCUGCAGUGAACCCGUGCACAUGUUCACUAUCUGGCUGGGCUACAUCAACUCCACAUUGAACCCACUCAUCUACCCUCUGUGCAAUGAGAACUUCAAAAAGACAUUCAAGAAAAUUCUGCACAUUCGCUCCUAAGGGCAUAGCAAGAGGAUGCUACAUAGUGGAUGGACGGCGUCUGAUGUCCAAGAAGGAACCAGAGGAAGAAAGCAUGGGCGUCACUAGGCCCCUGGGUGUUGGGAAAUGGAAUCUAAGUUCUUGGGCUGAGCAGUAUGGAGGUGUUCCCAGGGACCGUCAGAAGAAGAGCAGGUGGCAGCCGUUGGCAGAAAGAUUGUACUUUGGGUAGAAAGCAGAGUAUUUGGAAGAAGAGACCUGGCAGAGUACACCUGGACCUCAGGGACUGCAGGAGUCUUGGGUGCUCAUUGGAAGUCUGGCACUCUGGAUGUGAGUUCCCUAGUAACUGAAGUAGGAAUGUGUGGCUAGGGCUCUUCUGGAGGGUUAGCCUGGACUCUGAGACUCCUCAUGCAAGAGUUGUGUGGUUGUCCCCUUCCAGAGAGGCAUGGCAGCUAUUCCACUGCAACCACCACUUCCCAGAACACAGCCCUUCUGAGCCCUUCCUAGCUUUCUCCAGAGCCGCCUGCCCCACCCUGGAACCUGCCUUACCUGUGUCUCAGAGUUCCUAGGAAAUUAGACAGCUUGCAAGUCCAUCAUUCUCAACUCCUGAUUCCUUUUGGUUCUUAAAACGGCAACAACAACACAGUGACAAAAACUGCCCUCAAAAGUCAAGAAGAAGAGGAAGUGGUUUUUGAAUGACUGCAUCUUAAAAAGCAAAGCAAAAGGAAGGCGAGAGAGCCUUGUUUCUUGGAUGCUCCACCAGGGGGCUCUCAUUCAGGGCGACAGAAAGCAUGAGCAGGUCCUGUCUGUGGAGUGACAAACUGAGAAACAGGCAGAGGAGAUGAGGUUCCAGAGAUCGUUUGACACUCAUGUGAUAACCUUAGAAGAGAACAUUGUGUGGUCCCAGCUCCUUGCUACCGGUUUUCUCAAAAAAAAAAAAAGGGAAAAAAUGCAUCCUGUCAAGUACUCAUGGUGUUCCCCAAGAGGUGACAGUUUCCCAAGCAGCUAACAUGAAGCACAUUUAUAUCCACAGAGGGUGACCCUCAGAGGGACAAUGUGGUUCCUAUCUGUGAGACUGUGAUUUCUAAUCACACAUGCUAAGUGAAUCCUUUCGAAGCAUGGGAGCAUCUAGUUUUAUUUAUGCCACAGUCUGGUUGUGACUUACAUUUCAAAAUCUGUUAAACCUCGAUGUGUAAAUUGCAAGUAGGAACCCCUGUAAAAGCUGGUCUUCUGUGUCUGUGUUCCUGUUUGCAUGAUCUGUCCAAAUGAGAUGCUUUUGCUUACCUUAAACAGGACAUUUGGAAGGGCAGUGUCACGUGACUUCUUUG